AUGGCUCACAAUGCACCUGACGAGACUCUCGCGCACCUCACGAGACUCGGUCAGAAGCCCGGGGUGCAAAGUACCCUCAUCCUCUCCCGAGAAACUGGCGCCAUCGUCCGUACGUCCGGCUUGAUCUCCAACAGCAAAUCCGCCAACCCAAACAGCACCCUCCCUGCGUCUUCCGAAAACACAAGCGACGGGUACAGCAACGGGAGGAAGGAGAGCGGUAUACACAGUGCUGAAGACGUGGCGCGGAUGGUGUGGACAUUCAUCAAAUCGGCUGGGUCGAUGGUGGAAGAGCUGGACAAGGAAGAUGAGGUCAAGCUGCUGCGAUUGAGGACGAAGAAGUGCGAGUUGAUAAUCGUGCCAGAUGUCAAAUAUCUCCUCGUAAUGAUCCACGACACCCCUCCAGCUUGA